UCAGAUCAAGGGAAGACAUUUGUUAUUGGGGUGACCCAGAUUGCUGACCAAUGACCUUCAACGGUAAGCGCCCAUACAUUCUUUAUAUUAUGAACUUUCGAAUGGUGAAUCACUACGUAUUCGGCUGUACGCUGAGAAAGUUAUGUUUUUUGAUUGGUUAUCAAUUUCUGAUCAGAAUGAGACAAUUGUCAAUUUUUACGUCGUCAUGAAAAAGCCCUUAUUGUAUUCGAAUCCUAGAAUUGGCAUAAGCAACAUCAAUGUUGAAGCUUUUGGCUUUUUUAGCGAUAAACUUGGAUAUUUUUGCAAACUGCUACUAUCAAAAUUCAAUCGUUGGAAGAAGCAAUGAUACUUUGGUAGUCAUUGUUGAUCCUUUCUUUAUGUACCCAAAGUACAAAGGAAUUGAGAAUAAGCUCCGUAGCAUCUUAAAUGAAGCACUCCUAAACAACCUGAAGUUGAACGCAGUUGAUGUUGUUUACCAUAUGAGCACAAAAGUUUCACUUAAACACGACACUACUGCAGUAUUAAGCAUCACAUCGUGUAAGGACCUUUGGAAUUUUUACCAGAGCCAAGGAAAGGACAAUGGAAUUCUUUAUUUGUCUUUCACUGACCCAAAUUGCCCAAGACUGCCAGCGCAUGUAGGUCUAACUCUUCCCUUGCAUCGUGUCGGCAAAGAGAUUUCACAGAUCUUACUUGACCUGAGAUCGCAGAAAAUUCUCGACUGGAGGAACACCGCUGUCAUAUACGAUGAUACAAUUAAUGAAGAUAUUGUGACUGAAAUUUUAAAAGUUUUAACUCAGCCAAUACCAUUGUCAACCAGUUACAAUAGCAUAGCUAAAUAUUUUUUGACAAAUAUUCACGAAGUAGAGUGGAAAAGGAGAAAAUAUAUAUUUGAUGUUUUAGUUCAUCUACCUCCUACAAAUUUAAUGAGUAACUUUCUUGUGGUUGUUAACCCAGAGAUAAUACCAAUUGUCAUAGAAGUUGCAAAAUCUUUAAAUCUUCUUGAACCAACAACGCAAUGGCUGUUCAUAAAUUCAAGGCGUUUUAGAACAAAAGCGAACAACAUUUCAAACUACAUACAAUUGGUAGAAGAAGGAGAAAAUCUCGCUUUUAUGUUCAACACUAGCAAAAUUGAUCAGAAUUGCAAUUUUGGCCUGGAGUGCAAUAUGGUUGAAAUAGCCGAAUCAUUUAUGCUAGCCCUGGCAAGGACGAUUGAAGUUGAGUCGAAACUGGCAAACGACGUUUCUGAAGAAGAAUGGGAAGUGAUGAAACUAACAAAAGUCGAAAGAAGAGAAAUGCUUUUGAACAUAAUGAAGAAAGCACAAAAAAAUCUGGGUAAAUGCGAUAAUUGUACAGUGUGGAAAUUUAAAGCCAGCGAGACCUGGGGGAUGGAUUUUCUGAAGAAUAAACGCAAAAUAGACCUCCUCGAUGUCGGUUUUUGGUCUCCAAGGCCUGGCCCAAUGUUAACCGACAGCCUUUAUCCAAACAUCGCCCAUGGGUUUCGUGGUCGUGUUAUUCCCAUCGCAACGAUUCAUUACCCUCCCUGGCAAAUUGUCAAAUACAAUGAAAAUGGCCAACCCAAAGAAUUCAAAGGUGUUACUUUUGAAAUAAUUAACCAACUAGCUCUAAGCCUUAAUUUUACCUAUGAAAUUAUAUUGCUUUCAAAUGGAACUUCUACAAAUAAUAGCAUCAGAACUUAUAAGUUUGAUGAAAGUCUAGGGGAAGUCGUAUUGGAUGCAAGUGUUGAAUUUAUUGCUUGGGAUCAAAUUGUAAGGCUUAUAAAUGAGAAAAAGAUUAUGUUGGGUGGUGUUGCAUUUACAAUUACCGAAGACCGAAAGGAAUAUGUUAAUUUUAGUUCUUAUAUUAGCUUGGAAUCUUAUGCCUUUUUAGUCUCUCGACCUAAAGAAUUAAGUCGGGCUUUAUUAUUCAUACUUCCUUUCAGCACUGAUACAUGGUUAUGUAUAAUAGCGGCGAUUUUGGUGAUGACACCUCUUUUAAACUUUGUCCACCGAAUAACCCCUUACUACGAUCAUUUUAGUCAUAGGGGAAAAGGUGGUUUUUUGAAGAUGAUGAACUGUUUUUGGUACCUCUAUGGUGCCUUACUGCAGCAAGGUGGUGGUGUUUUGCCUGAUGCUGACAGCGGUAGACUUGUCAUUGGCACUUGGUGGCUUGUCGUGCUUGUAAUAAUAACGACAUACUCUGGAAAUUUAGUGGCUUUUUUGACUUUUCCAAAAAUGGACAAGGCCAUAUCAAAUGUAGACCAACUGAUGGCCAAACGUGACUCUUUGACAUGGGGCCUUCCAAAAAUCACGACUCUACACAAAUUACUCAAAUCCACAGACAGUCUGAAGUUCAACCAUUUGUCAGAUGCUGCCGAACUACACACAGAGAUAACGCCUGAUAUCGUUGCAAGGAUUCAAGCUGGCAAACAUAUAUACAUUGCAAGAAAGUCUGUACUUCUUUUUAUAAUGAAACAAGAGUUUUUGAGGACUAAUCGAUGUGAUUUCUCCAUAGGAGAGGAACAAUUUCUCCCAGAGAAACUCGCAAUAGCACUUCCAACGAACAGCCCUUACUUAAACAUAAUCAACAAACAGAUUUACAAAAUGCAUAAAGUUGGCCUAAUUGAAAAAUGGCUCGUCGACUAUUUGCCCAAGAAGGACAGAUGUUGGAGUUCAACUUUGUCGAGCGAGAGUAACACUCACACUGUCAACAUGGACGACAUGCAAGGAUCUUUCUUUUUGCUCUUUCUCGGUGUUGCAUGUGGGAUUCUAUUAAUAAUAGGGGAGUAUUUUUACAAUCGGUGGAAAAUCUCUAAGGAAAAAAGUGUCAUACAUCCAUUUGUGAGCUGAACGCUGGAUUCAAAAAAUAAAAAUCAUUUGUGUUUUCUUUAUUUUUAUUUUAUUUUUUUUUAUUUUUUAUUUAUUUAAUACCUAAUCACAUAUAUUAUAAAAAAGUAUUUUUUAAACAAUUUAUUCAAUUGUUCACUUUUUCAAAACAAAUUGAUUGAGAUUAAACAAGAUUUUAACUUACACAAUGAUUGUAGAAUAACAUUUCUGUAUCUUAAUUAAUUAAAACAGAAAGCAUGUAUUUUUUAUUGAAUAUAUUUGCAAUAUCGCUAACAUUUAUCAGCUCUAAAAAUAAACAGCCAAGUUUCAAAGUGAACUUGAUGUAUUUACCGUUCUGACCAGAGUAUCAGAUUUAUUCAAAAAGCCCUUUAUUUAUAUAUACUUUUACUAUUUCUAAUAACAAAAAAUCGGUCUAUGCAAAGUUUAAUGAGAUUCCAUCACCUUUAAGCAAAA